AGUUCGCCGGCGUCGUCCGUAGCGUCUGGACGCACUGCGGCGCGGGUCCUAUUUGACUGUUCGACUUACUGCGGGUUACGGGUGUUCUCUCUCCUCUCCUCUCCUCUCCUCUCUCUCUCUCUCUAUUCCCAGGUUGCCAUGACGCGAUUCGACGGGAGCGCAAUUCCUCGUGUCGCCGUUCGCUAGAAAAAAAAAACCUCCCUCUCCCUUCCUCUUUCGCGAGGACUCGACACCCGAAGUGGACGCAAUCAUCGGGCAUACACCUGCUCGCGGGCCCGUCCUGCGCGUUUUAUCCUCCUUGAUCGCGUGAUUUGAGACACGCGGCAAAAAAUUAAAAACCCACCUUUCAGCUUCUUUUAAUUCCUCAACAAACCCUCACCGGGGCAAUCGGCAAACUAAAAAAUAUCUUCCAGGCUUAUGGAUGACGUUCGUUAAGUAAUUUUUUUUUUCGAAAAUUAAUUAAAAUAAAAUUUACCUUUUUCUAACUUUCUCGCGCGUGUGUGACUUCGCGGAAAACCGGCCGAGGACAUGGCCGCUUCUUGCACGCAUGAUGGGUGUCCUGCCCGCCUGUUGCUGGUGUGCCUCGCCUUCGUCGCUGCCGUCCUAACAGGUGCUCAAGGCGGCAGCAAUGCCACGAGCAACCAUGCAGCAGGGCAGCCAACUUUCGUCACCAAAGGAGCGACGUACCGCAUAAAGACCAAUGACACCGUUGUUCUGCCGUGCGAAGUGAAAAACCCAGGCAGCUACGUGCUGGCGUGGAAGCGCGGGAUCGCCAUCCUGACGGCCAGCAGCGUGAAGGUGUCGCCCGACGAGCGGCUGCGGCUGGUGGACGGCUACAACCUGGAGAUACGCGACGUGGCGCCCAGCGACGCCGGCGACUACACCUGCCAGAUCGGCACCUUGGAGCCCAAGGAGAUCACGCAGACGCUCGAGAUACUCGUUCCGCCGCGGAUGCAGCAGAAGUCCACUGUGGAGGAUGCGGAAGUGAAGAAAGGAGAAACGGCCAAGAUGGAAUGUCGGGCUUCCGGUAAUCCCGUGCCAACAAUCACGUGGACGCGCAAGAACAACGUACUGCCGACGGGCGAGCAGUCGUACCAAGGCAACAGCCUGGCCGUGGAGCGCGCAAACCGCCACCACGCCGGAGUCUACUACUGCACCGCCUCCAACGGCGUUGGCAACCCUGUCACCAAGCAGGUCAACCUGCACGUGCUCUAUCCGCCGGAGAUAGAGGUGGAGAGCAGCUGGGUGCACACGGGAGAGGGGAGAGAAGUGCAGCUAGUGUGCAUCGUGCACUCCGACCCGCCGGCCGAGGUGGUGUGGUUCAAGGACACGCUGCGACUGGACUCGACCGACCGCCGCAUCAUGGAAGCCAGGGGCAGCCGGAGGACGCUGAUCCUGAGGAAGGUGCAGACGUCCGACUUUGGCAACUACACGUGCGUGGCGGACAACGGCCUGGGCAAGAGCCGGCAGUCCAUAGAGCUGUCGGGCAAGCCGAACCGGCCGGUGUUCCUGAGCGAGCGCGCCGGCUGGCACCGCGACAGCUACAACCUCUCCUGGUCCGUGGACAGCUACACGCCCGUCGAGGAGUUCAAGCUGCUGUUCCGCAAGAUGGCCGCCAAGAUGGCCGCCGGCGCCCUGCCCGAGGCCCAGCAGACGGAGGCCCGCCAGCGCGAGCGGCAGAUGUUCGGGAAGAACGACUCUGACAGCGACCAGGAGGGGAAGGCAGACGGCUGGCUGGACGUGCUGGUGCCGGCGGUGCCCUCGGAGCAGCUGACGCAGCGCGCGUGGCACGUCAUCAGGCAACUGCAGCCCGGAGCCAGCUACGAGGCGAAAGUGCGCGCGAGGAACCGCUUCGGCUGGGGCGAGCAGUCGCCAAGCUUCCAGUUCGCGACCAGCAGCUCAGAGAGCGCACUAUACCAACCUUCCCCGGAACCAGCCAUUUAUGAAGAACCUGCGGCGAGAGACCUUGGAAUGAGAGCCUACAGCAGUGGUGCCAAAAGCCCAGAAACACAAUGCGUACUGGUGGCAGCGCUGGCGGUGUUAGCAAGGACUGUUGCGAACAGGUUUGCCAUGCCGGCCAGCGGGGCGGCGUAAGUUCUGGCUUCCACCGCCGCCGGCGCUGCGGGAGUCUAGAAGACCACGUGUGGAUCCGUGGUCCGAGCUACGGCUGCCUGUGGAACCCCCACUCCGCGCCCGGGAAGAGACUUCAACGAACGGGUGUGACACGAGCGCAGACAUCUUCCUCUUCAAUCCCUCACCCAAAAAAACCUAUCCCCUCCACCACUUUUUUUUCCCCCUUUCAUUCACGGGCGCGUCGAUUGACAAUCUCCUGAUGACCUACCACGCGCGUCACGAAGAACUGUGUCUUCAGCGCACGGAUGGAAGAUGGACGUCUUCAAAACUCCCGUCGCGGGAGAAGCUGUGUUUGAUAUCGCGCGAGUUAUUAUCCCGCCAGAAGAUUAAAAAAAAAAAAAA